CGCUGCCCUUUGCCCCGCGAUGGCGGCGCCGAGUUUGCGGUCCCGCGAGCUGCGCUUCGUCAGCGACGACGACGUGUUGGGGCACAUCUCGGAUAGAGCGCCGGAUUUUAAGCUGCAGAACAAUGUGUCACGGGUAUUUGCAAAGGCGAAGGCAACAUCCAGGCAGCGGACAGAGACACAGGCAGAUGGGGAGAGUGCAGAGAUAUUCAAUGAACAUGAAUACAUUGAAGCCCUUGGAGUGGGUAGCACAGACCAUCCAGGAGCCUCGAGUGAUGCAGUCUCUGCAGCAGGUGGUGAUGUUUUUACCUUUCAAAGCAUCAAAAGGGGAAACAAGAUGGCAAAGAAAGCCUCUGAACUUGCUCACACACCGGGGAAAAGUGUAACAUUCGAUGAAACCAACAGCCCACCAACAGCAAAUAAAAAUGGGAAUUGUGGAAUAUUGAUAGAAACCAAGACACCCUCAAAGAGGAAGAAGAAGUUUACGUCCACCACCCCUUACAGGCUGAGGAAAAGGCUGGCUGACUUGCCAAGCCUCAGCAGUGAGAGUGAUUACUCAUCUUCUGACAUUGAGGAGGGAGAGGAUAACUUCACGGGAAAAGACACCAGUCACGCGUCAAGUCUGGCUCCAACUCCCGGCAAGAAAUCCACAAAACCUCUUCAGCCAAGUGUUGUUGAACUGUACUUUGAAGCUCACAGUAGUUCAAAAGUACUGACUUCUGAUCGCACCUUACAGAAGCUCCGGACCCCAAAGCUGGACCAGGAGACCUUGGUGAGAUUGCUGAGUGAUGAUAACUUGCCUUUCUCAGCUGAGGUCAGGCAGCUGAACAAGGGACACAAAAAGCUCUUUCACAAAUGGAUGCUACAAACACAGUUGGGGUUCAGUAUUCUAUUGUAUGGACUCGGCUCCAAGAGGGAACUGCUGGAAGAGUUCCGCUGUCAGAUGCUGGAAGGCACUGUCCACUUGGUGGUGAAUGGAUUCUUCCCAAGUAUCACUCUUAAGUCUAUUCUUAACUCAAUCACAGAAGAGAUUUUGCAACACGAGGGAAGCUUCCGGAAUCCCAUGGAUCAACUUGGCUUUAUUGUCAGGUCAUUUAAUGAUAAUCCCAUAUUGGAUCUUUACCUUCUAAUCCAUAACAUCGAUGGGCAGAUGUUACAUGGGGACCGGAACCAGCAGAUAUUAAGCCAACUCGCUGCAAUCCCUGGCAUCCAUCUCCUUGCCUCCAUCGAUCACCUGAAUGCCCCUUUGAUGUGGGAUCAGACACGGAGCUGCCACUUUAACUGGCUAUGGUGCGAGGUGACGACCUUUAAGCCCUACACAGAGGAGACGUCGUAUGAAAACUCACUGCUGGUACAACAAUCGGGAGCCUUGGCUUUGAGCUCAUUGACUCAUGUUCUGCGCAGCCUUACUCCCAACGCAAGGGGGAUAUUUAAACUUUUGGCUCGGUUCCAGUUAAAGAACAGGGAUAACUCAUCUUGCCCAGGCUUGUCCUUCCAGGAUUUUUACCAUCGGUGUCGUGAGUCCUUCCUGGUGAAUAGCAAUCUCACUCUCCGCGCACAACUCACAGAGUUCAAGGACCACAAACUGAUCAGGAGUAAGAAGGGUCCUGAUGGUGUUGAAUAUCUUGUCAUCCCUGUUGACUUUGCAAUGCUGAACGACUACCUUGAAAGAGAGGCCUAGACUGAAGAGGGAUAUUGAACAGAGUUACAGGAGAACUUCAGACAUCAAUCGCUCAAAUAAGUUCAGAUCUUGCUGUGUCCUGGGAUGGAUUGUAUGAAAAGAUCUUGCAUCCUUUUGUAACUUUAACUGCAACCUCAGAUGUGCUGGUCCAUCUAUUUAUUGCCGAAGUGAUUAAUAUCCAGUUUAUCCUCAGCUGACUGCAAGUUCUUGUGGUGCAAGAUCCUCUGUCAUGGAUGGGUGAAGUGGAAAUUUGUGGUCAUGGCAAUCCAAGACUUCUGUUCUUUCUCACUCAGUGCUUGGAUGAUUAUAUGGCUGUCUGUUGGAUGAGAUGGUCGAUGCUGUCUCCUCUGUACCUCAGAAACCAAUUGUUCAUCUUCCUGUUGAUGGUACUACUAUCCUUUUCAGAAUUUUGUAAAGAAAAAUUCUAUUAAAGCUAUUUGACUCCACCA